CUCCAGCCUCAGUUCAAAUUCGGAUGUCACCAGGAACUGUACAGCUCCACAGCGCAUUGCAGAGACUACGAUCUAAUACGCCGUUGGCCACAUAAAUCGCGCGCGGUCCAGUGCUUGCGAGUGCGUGUGACUAUGUGCGUGUGAAAAAAUUGUUGUAAAAAUAUGAGUGAUGGUUAAGGGUAGUGAGACACGUUGAAAACACCCGUCAACCGGAGACUGGAUUAUUAUCACCACGCCCCAUCUAAAUCAUUAGGAUAACAACUGACAGCUGAGUGUUCAGGAGUGACAGCAAUGACACGAUGCAGAAAACGACGACUGCUCAGCACACAUCUCCGCUCGGGAGGCCACUAUGAUCAUCAGCAGCGAGAGAGAACGUCACAGAAGUGAGUCAGCCAGUCACCAGCAUGGCAGCCGGCUGCAGACUUCUCAGCUGUCUGGCCCUCAUGCUCGCCCUUCCGGCUCGCCUCACCUCGGACGAGCGAGUUGGCCGAGCCUCGCGAGGCCUCUGCCACACGAGCCGAGGGCCAAUCACAGCGGCCCAGCUGCAGUGCAUCGACCUCAGCGCCAAAGGCCUCUCAACAAUCCCUGAGUCAGCAAAGUUCGGCACAUUGACCCACCUCGACCUCCACUCCAACCGUAUCACAGUGCUCGACAAUGUCACCCUCUCAUCGAACCUCAUCAGCCUCGAUCUGUCCGACAACGAAUUGACACAAAUCGAGCAGAUCCUAUCAGAGUCCUUGAAAACACUGAACCUCAGCCACAACAACAUAUCUGACAUCAAAUUCCUGACAUCGUUGGUCACACUGGAACGAUUGGACCUAUCCAUGAACCACAUCUACGAUCUGGGGAAAUCUCAGUUUGCUACAAUGAUCAACCUUGUACGGUUAGAUCUAAGUUCCAAUUCCUUGACAAACCUACAUGAAAAAACCUUUUCAGGUCUACAUAGACUACAAACACUAGACCUGUCUCAAAACCAGUUACGUGUAGUGAUGCUGGGUACAUUCAGGUCUCUGGACAAUCUACUGUGGUUGAGUCUGGCGAGGAACGAUGGACUCGGUGCUGUGCAGACAGAACAGGACUCUUCAGUGUUGUUAGGUGCGGGAAGGCGCUUGCAAACCGUCGACGCAUCACAUACAAAUCUGGUCAGGGUGCCUGACACACUCACACAAUCAGUGCGCGACUUGUACUUGUGUUGUAAUCAAAUAUCCGCCGUUCGUUGCGGUGAUAUGGACAGUUUUCCACUUUUAAGAACUCUGGACCUCAGUUCCAACAAAAUAUCAAUAGUUGAAGAAGACGCCUUAGGGCGGUCAGAGCUGUUACGUCAUUUGCUGCUAGCUGAAAAUCAGCUAGAAUCAGUACCACACAGUUUACCACCUUACUUACUUGUACUUGAUUUAGACCACAACUUCAUCUCCAACAUUACAUUGGAAGAUUUCGCAGGACUUUCAAAGUUGAGAACUCUACGUCUUGCAUGGAACAAGGUAUCUGUCGUCAGUGAUGAAGCAUUCAGCCACUUAGCAGCUUUGAAAAACCUGGAUCUCUCAGGUAAUCCGUUGAAACUACUAUCUAGCAGCACAUUUUCCGGACCACGUUGGUUACUAAAUCUCAGUUUAGCAUCAUUGACAUCACUACAGCCCACCAACAGAUCUCUUGCUUUCCCGGUUCCAGAAUCGGAUCGUCUGAGAAUUCUGAACCUAAACUACAGUCCAGUUCUAGCAAAGCAACUACUAGAUGACACAGCUGCUUUGUCAAUGUUCCGCCAACUUGAUGUGCUGAGUAUGGCUUACACAAACCUCACAGAUAUCAGAUCCGAUUUAGUAAACUUUUUACCAAGGUUGAAAGUUCUUGAUUUGAGAGGAACACAUCUAAACUGCACAGACAUCACUUGGCUUGCUAGCUGGCUGUUGAAACUCAAAUCACACGGUAGUGAAAAUUCUGAAAAAUGGCAAAGACUUGACAAUGUUGAAACAACUACAAUCAUUCCCUUACAGGAUAAUCUGAAUAUUAACAAUGAUGGAGAGGAAGAUGAUGAAGAUUUUUCAAUUGCUGGUAAUGUUGAUCAAUACUGGCAGGAAGCUUACACUCAAACUCUACAAAAGUUGCCGGUUUGUAGUUACCCCCAAAAUCUCUCAGGAAUAUCUCUACUUCAAAUAAUUACAACUUCCACAACAGCUACACUACCAACAAUUCCAACAAUCCACCGAUUAUCUAGGUACGAGCAUCAACAGCCUGAGAUGUCCUUCGAUCAUGACUCCUACCAAAACGACUUCCCCCACUUUGCACCCAGUGAAUCCGAUGAUGAGAUGACAACACUGCAACCGCUGUUCCCUACUACACAAAUUACUAGAGUGAAAGAAGAUGUGAUGAAACAGAAGAAGAUGAAAAAGAAGAAAGGGGAUGUGACUCAGGAAAAAGUGAGGAAAUCUAUUGAUGGGGAGAAAGUGACAAGUAAUGGAACAACUCAACAACCGUUCUCUUUUGGGAAGAAGAAAUCGUCUGGUUCAGAUACCCAUGGAGGUGUUGUGACUAUGACAAAAGGGCACAAACCGUCCACUGAGAAACCAUUAGAGAGGAGGACACCAAUGAUAACUACAACUAAAGGAACAUUGAGGAGUCUUGGAGGGAAAAGUAGUCACAAUGACACAAAAGUGGAUGAGAAAGAUGUGGAGGAGUUACAGCAACAAGAUCCAUUACACUCGUUCACUUGGGAAGGUCAAGGUAACGAAAACAGACCUGAGGAACCCAAUGCUCCUCAACGAAUCUCAGUGCCUGAGGAGAGUGAGGAGGAACCCGAGGACAGCGACAAAGAUGACGAGGAUCCUGUGGAAGCGAGGUACACUCAUCAUCCUGGGCUGCUUGUUCUGGCUGCAGCUGCAGGUUUACUAGGAGCUGCAGCGUUAGCUAUGAGAGCUUCUCAAAGACGACAAGCAAGGAGAGGCUAUUCCCAACAUGAGGAUAUAGAGGUGCGGAGUUUGGAUCCCGAUCACGAGAGACAAGAGGUUUGGUGACGUCACAACACACAGCCACUCGGUGACAGUGAAUUAGACUCUUUGUUUUGUCCUGUCUGAGUGACUCAACAACUUAAACCUGGAUUGUCUUAGACUCAAAUGUAAAAUGUAAGUGACUUCUACAAAUCUAUUGAAGAUAAUUCAAUUUUUCUAAGAUCUUUCUAGGAGUGAAGUCAACUGAUUUGCCAGUUCUAACAAUGCUAAACCAAAUAUAAUUACUAUCAAAACGUUCUCUAUUCUGGAGUAAAAGAUUCAAUAUAUAUUUCUGAGGAUGAAAAACAUUGAUAUAGUGGUAUUGUGAUAUGGAAUACGGUUGUGAUGUGGAACUGUCAUCAAGUGAACAAUAAGACAUGAUACUAAUAUAAACCUAAUUUGAAAAACUUUUGGAAAAGUAGUGGAGGUGAUUUUGAAGUAGUUAUUUUGAAAAAGAACUAGGAAUUGUCACAGCCUCUUAUUCGCACUAUGAUCAAUUUCAUGUUAUCAAGAGUUCAGUGAGAGAUUGAUAAUGGUGUAGCGAGCAAUAAAUUCUAGUUCUCCAUUAUAUCCAUAAAUGGGAGAUUAUGACAACCUAUUUACAACAUCUCUGAAGUAGUCAAGUUUUAAUAUUGUGAAACAAUCGAUACCAGAAUACACAAAUCUCUACAAAAAAUGAAUGUGACUGGAGAUGAGUAAUGUGUAAGUCUAUGACAUUUUCUCGUAAUUUUAAAAGAUGAGAGGUUGUGACAAUUCAAUGGGAACUCUUCAUGGGAAUUGAAUUUUGAAUAGGGUAGUAUGUAUAGUACGGUGGAAUCGUGUAAAGUGAAUCUGUGAAUAUUUGAGAUGUUUGUGACUAAAACUGAUGCACAUAAUUUGAACAGUAAUAGUAAUAAGCAUUGAUAUUUAAUCGACUUCAUAUUUUCAACAGUGAAUUCGUGCACUGUAAUGAACAGCGAUUGUUUGAUUGAAAUGUUUGAGUUUAAUCAAAAAUGAAACUAACAAGUCUGAAACCAAUCAAAGGUUUUCCAAUAAUUCAUUAUGCUUUUACUUUUUUCAUUUCAUAAUCAACUCCUAUGGAUUAUUCGCAAAAAAAUCCAAUGGAUUAUUUGCGAAGUACUUCAACAUGGAGUUGAAUGGAUGGUUAAUCUCCCUACAAUGUUUUGGGUGAAAUCGAUCUCCUAUAAACUCUAAAAAACAAUUCUGUAGUGAUAGCUACUGCAUGAAUUAAUCAAAUUGUAAUUGUUAGGUUCGGUAACGUUUAUACAUUCAUUUGCAAUCAUUCAUAUGAUUUAAAGAAUAGAUGAACUAUUUGAGAAUAGAUCGAUGUGAGAAUAAUCGCAAAUGUUUAUCUUUGAUACAAUAAUAAAUAAAUAUUUCUAUGAAGUAAUUGAAUUUUCAAAAAUGGAAUUAUCAAAAUGGAGUUUUUAUUGUAGUUUCAUUAUUCUCCUAUAAUACGGCAAGGCAGAACAUCCAAAAUGAUCUCUCUACCGAUAAAAGCCACAUGAAUAAAUAAAUAAAUUAUUCUGUUAUAUACCUCAAUUACUUUUAUUAUUGAACGUUUAUUUUUCUAGGAUACGAUAUUUCUUCAUAAAGCGAGCUGCUCAGAGAAUGCAAUCGUUCUUGUGCAAUCUGAACUCAUAAAUGAUUUUGACAAUAGAAUACAUUUGGUUUUUUCGAUGCAUUCAAGUGUAAAUAAUUACUUAAUACUGUAAAUAAAAUAUUUAAAACUGAAUAGAAGUUAUUAGAACGAGCGAAUCGGUAUUUUGUGGAUAUAAGACGAAUUUGUAAUUUUCUUAUCGAGUAUUGAGAGUAAAAUUGUAAAAUCCUUGUAAUGUUUCCAUAAUAUAGAUUGAGAGAAUGCGUUGAUUUUGUAAGUCAAGACUUACAAGCAGAAUCUGAAUCAUUAUGAUAGUAUGUAAAUCGAUGGUGAUAUCAAGAAUGGUUUUCUAUGACAAAUUUCAGAAAGAAAGUAGUUUAAACAUUUAGUGAGGAAUCACUUCUAUUGUAAUUUUUAUGCUGUUAAAUUAUCUUCUACAAAAAAAGACAAGAUUCAUCAAUUCGAUUUCUUGAGUUUAAUUUCACAGAUACUCGAUAAUGGAAAACUCAUGCUUCAAUCUGGUUCUAUACUCAGAUUCAGUUUUUUCGUUGAGCUCCAGAGUUCCAGAGUCCCAGUGACUCAAUUAUUAGCUAUUUCACAGCUUCACGAACAAUUGCUAUAUUUGAAGAGAAAUAUACAAAAAUAUACAAAAGAUCUUAAAAAAAUAACAGUGGAUCGAGCAUGAUGAAUCAAGAAAAUAUAGGUUCAAUUAGAAACAUUAUAUCCAGAAAUUUGGAAAGAAGCUGACUCAAAAAAUGUGAAGUUUCAAAAUUAAGAAGUGUAUCCAGAUUCACAAUUUCAAAUCAGUUUUCAAUCUAUGAUUACAUGAAAAGAAUAUGUCUAAGUUUUCUUAUUGAAAACCAACUGCUUCACGGUUCUUUACAUUUAAUAGCAAAUUGAAAGUGAAAUUAAUGUUUUUUAUUAUAGUACUUGGACAGGCUCCAACUGUUCGAUGAUUAAUUUAUAAGCUACUGUAAAUAGUUAUGUGAAUAUAAUCUAGUUUUCUGGAAACCUUUGGACAGUGUGAUAUAGAACGAUGAGAUUAAAAUGUUAUUUGGAUAAA